UCUUAAAUAGGCUCCUAGGGCCUGGUAUGAUAAAUUAACGUCAUUUUUGAUAUCCCAAGGAUUCAGUCAAGGUGGAGUGGAUAAAACCUUGUUUAUAAAACACAAAAACUGUCAUUCUCUGAUAGUCCAAGUCUAUGUAGAUGAUAUUGUGUUUGGUAGCACUGAUCCUACUUUGUGUGAUGAGUUCUGUUACACUAUGAAAAACAUGUUUGAGAUGAGUCUUGUAGGUGAGUUGAAUCACUUUCUAGGGCUCCAAAUACACCAAACUGACCUAGGAAUCUUUAUUCAUCAAUCUAAAUAUCUACAGUCCAUGCUGUCUAAAUUUGAAUUGACCAAAGUCAACCCCUCCAAGACUCCCCUGGCUUCUAAUGCUCACCUAGAUUAUGACCUAGUGGGGAUCCCUGUGUGUGAAAAGAAGUAUAGAGCCAUGAUUGGAUCCCUGCUCUAUUUGACAGCUAGUAGGCCUGACAUUCAGUUCAGUGUAUGUCUAUGUGCCAGGUUCCAACAUCAACCCAAAGAAAGUCAUUUAACUGCUGUCAAACGAAUUUUUAGAUACUUAAAAGGCACUUGUGACCUUGGUUUGUGGUACCCCAGAUCUGAGUCUCCCUCUCUAGUAGGAUACUCAGAUUCUGAUUUUGCUGGAAGCAUCACUGACAGAAAAAGUACCAGUGGUACUUGUCAAUUCUUUGGACAAUCACUUGUGUCCUGGUCCAGUAAAAAACAAGGAUCAGUUGCACUGUCUACAACAGAAGCAGAAUAUAUUGCUGCUGGUAGCUGUUGCACCCAAAUUUUAUGGCUGAAAUCCCAACUCCUAGACUAUGGUCUGAAAUUUGAACACAUCCCCAUACUCUGUGAUAACACAAGUGCAAUCUGCAUGUCAAAAAACCCUGUUCAUCACAGUAGAACUAAACAUAUCGAGAUUAAACAUCAUUUUAUUAGAGAAGUCAUACAAGCUGGACACAUAGAACUAAGUUUCAUAUCCACUGAAUUCCAAAUAGCUGAUAUAUUUACAAAACCGUUAUCUUCUGAACGGUUUAUUCGACUUUGUGGGGAACUGGGAUGCAAUCACUUCACUCCAUUCGAGACAGUCACUAAAACAGGUUCUGCCCUUCCUUUACUACUGGUCUUACUUAUUAAUUACAUUAGCUGUGUUCUCUUGUUGUUUUCAGUUUGUGUGCAUGUACUUGAUGCCUCGUUAUUCCAUAUUGUGUGAUUUUCAUCACUGAUAUUUAGUUCUGUACCUCUUCCCCUUCUUUCCUGGCUUUAUAUAUUUCCUGCUUCGUGCCGAACAUCAGUCCACCUCAGUCUUGUCCCUUAAGUAAUUUAGUCAUGACUGAUCUUUUCACCUCAUCCAACAUUCCAGGUGCUAUUGUCACCUAUGUUGGGAGGACCUUCAACGAGCCCAUUGACUUCAAUCUCCACCGUUUCAAAGAGUUAUUUGCCUCUAGACCUCUUUCUGACCCCGUCACUCUCGACAUGUUUGAAUUCAAAUCUCUUGGUGUGGACAUCACUCCAUUCAUUCGCAAUCUGGGGUGGGAGUUUCUUCUCUACUAUCCCCCUCUUGCUGCCUGCCCUUUGCCUGUCCACACCUUCUAUGCCAAUCUUGACUGUCAAGGAAUAACCACUCGCAAGCUCACAACACUUGUUAAUGGUUACUUCAUUUCUCUCACAUCAGAAGCUCUUAGCCUUCUCCUGAAUCUCUCAACAGGAGGACCUCUUCCCUUGGCCCAUGAAGAUGAAUUUCUCUUUUAUGACUUUGACCAUGUGAUUGAGUACUCAAGAAUCACUCAACGCACUGUAGGGGCACAAGAGGUCAUUACCUCAGCUGAUCUAAACUCAUCCCUUCGCACUUUACACUACCUCAUCACCCACCUGUUUCUGCCUAGGAAUCAUGGUCACAAUAUAGUCACCAAGAUAGAUCUCUGGAUUCUCUCAAAUGCCCUCACAGGCAGGAAGAUUGACUACUCUCAGCUGCUGUUUGGUUCAAUAGUUCGAAGUGCUGAUGCUCAUCUUGGAGGAUGCCUCCCCUAUGGUGGGUUCAUUACCCUCCUCCUGUCCAAUUUAGGAAUCUCGCUUGAUGGCUACUCCACCAUUGAAAAAUCUAUCUCUGUUCCAGCCCUCCAUGUUCUACAGCUUAUUCAUGUUGAUCCUCAGCCUUCAAAAGGGGGAGACACUUCAGGACCAGCUUUAAGGAAAUCCAAACCUCUGUCCAAAACAAUCUCCAAAUCGAUGAUUCUUGGUAAAACCUCAUCAGUGUGCAAAAAUCUCAUCAUUUCUUUUGAAGAAGGAGAGGCUGAACUAGAGCCUGAAUCCAUAUCCGAAAAGGAAAUCAAACUAUUUGCUGAAGACCUUGAGAAAGAACUGAUGGAAGGGGAUGAUGGCACUCAAAUUGAAGACGAGAUGAAGGAAGCUAGAACUCAGGGGGAGACUCAGGACACUCUUCCUGAAAGUGAAGAAUCUUAGAAAUCUAAAUCUCAGGGGGAGUCAGAAAAACUUCCUUGUUCUGAAAUCCUCCUCUAAGAAAGAUGGUCUUAGAGAAUAAAUCGUGUUCAGUAGUAGUCUACCAUUUUCAUGUCAAAGACCAUAAUGGUCUAAGUGUGGCUUCUAAAUCCUGAUUGUUUCCAGUAGUAGUCUGUCCUUUUCGUGUCAAGACCAUAAUGGUCUAAGUUUGGUUUCUAAAUCUUGUCUUGAAUCAAGUCUUUGAUGAUGAUCUAAAUAAAUUACUCAAAUUCAAUGCGUGGUGAUGUGUGUUGUGAAGUCUCUUAAAGAUCAAGCUUGCUUUUAAAAAUAUGCUUGUAUGACUGCAGAACUCUUAGUCUCUGCAGCACCUUGGCUGAUUACAGGAUGGUUGACUCGAGCGCAGGGGGAGAUUGUUGAGCCUGGCCUCGUCUUCUACAUACAAUUGAAAGGCCCAGUCUCUAAAUAAGCCCGGUCGCUUAUCCUCAUACUACGACGAGAGCCCAGUAGCGCUUCAUCGUCACUAUCUCUGUCAUCAGCUUCAACAAAGGCUUCGAACGAAAGAUUCCAUCAUCGAUCUCUGCUACAAUCAAUUCCUCCCAACGGAAACCUGCAUUGAUGAUGAGAGACAGAAGACUAGCUCCUCCGAGGUCUAUAUCAAGAACUGCUCAGAACAAAGAAGGUGACGGUUUUCCUUUUCUCAGUAAGAGUGUGGAUCUCUUUGGGAGUCUAGGUCUGGGUCUGUGUAAGUGUCUGGAAAGCUUGAGUUGGGGCCGUGUGCCAGGGACUCAAGCUUAUCCGGGCAUAGCUUUCAUUCUCGCCUUGUUAUCUUGGAUCUUCGUUAAAGAAUUGUUGUGUCUCAAUUCAGUGUUGUGUCUCUUCAAUUGAAUAUGUAUUAGGUCUCCCUAUUUCUCGAGUGUUUCAAUUGGAAUUGUUUUUCCUUCUUACUGCGCGUUCUCUUAUCUAAUCUACCAAGGGAUUGGAACUUGAUACAUAGUGAAAUAUCAGCCCCUUAUAAAAAUUAUGCAUGGCUGCUUCCACCCACUUGCGGCGAAGCUUUUCAUCCCCCACACAGUCAACACGGUGGCCCCAACCUCGGUCAAGCUUCAGGUAGUAUCAGCGCUUUCUUCCUCUUGGUGAUUGUUGCCUUGCUUCCCUUCGUGUAGACGUAAAAUCGAAGUAAGGAUGUGAAAGAGAGACGCGGAUAAGGGGGGAACGGGGAGAGAAAGAACGGGGACAAAAGUGAAGUGAUGAUCGAGAGAGGGAGGGAGAGAUUUCACUUUUCUUUGUUUUCUGUCACUUUCGGCAUAAAAAAAUGAAGGAGAAAUGAUGGUGAGAAUGUGGGAUAGAAAGGCUGCAGCUGAAACGUGGGUUGGGUAGAGUUUACAAUGAUAUAUAUUUUGCCAUAUAUAUAUAUAUGGUGCCUUCUACGGUACUCCAGGCGAAAUCUAUGAUACCGCAUACUUUGAGUAUGAAAAUGCUAUCUAGACUUCGAAUUAGGAGGAUUUUUAAACCUGAUACUAUACUCAAACCCUUAAUGAGUGAACCCUAGUUCCUAAUUAUCUAAAUUAUAAACUAUAAACCCUAAGAUGGAUCAUUCAUUUUUGGCCUUUAUAGUUUAUGAUUUAGAUAAUCAAGACCUAGGGUUCACUCAUUAAGGGUUAGGGCAUAGUAUCGUGCCCAAAAAUCCUGCUAUUCGAGGUCUAGAUAGCGUUUUCAUACUCAAGGUAUGCGGUACCCUAGAUUUCGCCCGGGGUACCGUAGAAGGCACCAUAUAUAUAUAUGACAAAAUAUAUAUCAUUAUAAACUCUACCCAACCCACGUUUCACCAGGCGUAUGUUGUACGCCUGUGUUCACACCUAUUAAAAUUUUUAAUUUAUU